AUGGAGCUCUGGAAGGCCCAGCAACAAGGUGCUGCUCUGAAAGCAGGGGAAGGAGCAUCAAAACUGAAAGCCCCAAAUAUUGUUUCUGGAACUGCCACUGAUUUCCAUAAUGGUCUAUGCAGCUUGGAAGAGAUAAAUAAAACCUUUAUUGCCUUGAUUCCAAAGGUUCAAUCCCCUGAUAGCACGGGCGGAACUAGCCCACCCAUUGAAAAAUUCCUGGUUCCGCCCUUGCCUGAUAGCAUGGGUCAGUUCCGUCCUAUAAGUCUAUGUAAUAGCUCUUACAAGAUUUUAGUCAAAGUCAUUGCUAAUAGGCUAAAGAAGAUUCUGCCAGAACUUAUUUCGGACUCGCAGAAUGCGUUUGUGCAUGGGAGACAAAUUCAGGAUAACCUCAUUUUGGCUCACGAGGCCUUUCAUUAUUUAAAGAUGAAGAAGAAAGGAAGAUGCUUCGAGACUGGUAUCAAAGUGGAUAUGAACAAGGCAUAUGAUAGGAUUGAAUGGGAUUUCAUGGAGGCGUUAAUGAGGAGAAUGAGGUUUAAUUCUAGAUGGAUUAAUCUGGUUUUGGGCUGCGUUCGAUCCGUAUCUUUCUCCAUCAUUUUAAAUGGUAAGUCGGGUGGUUUUUUUCGCCCAUCUAGAGGGCUUAAAUGGGGAGACCCUCUUUCUCCGUACCUUUUCUUGCUGGUUCUUGAUAUGUAUUGCCUAGCUUCAGGCCAGUGUGUCAAUUUUGAAAAGUCCAAUAUGGUGUUCAGUCCUAAUACCCCCAGUUCUUUAAGGGUUCAGCUAUGUGAAAUGUUUGGUUUCAAUGGAGUGGAUAAUGCUGGCACCUACCUAGGUCUACCUACGAUCUGA